AAAGAUCUGCGAUGGAGAGACAGCAUCGCUCUAUGGCUACGAAUUUAAAUUAUUAAGAACAUAAAAUAAUAAAACAAAAAUCUUUGAAAAAGUAAAUUUUUUCGGCAGAAGUUAUAGUUUGAUUUUCUUGACAACAUGAGAUUAGUUAUCUUUGUGGGGAUCGUGUUGUGUUUACAUUGUGUGUCAUCAGUCUGGAUCACUGAGUUGUUUUCUGAGUUAAAUGAUGGAAAAGACAUUAAUGAGAAUUUACGAAAAGGUGGAGAGUUAUACGAUACAGUUAAAGAUUAUGCUAAAAAGUUAGAAAAAGAAGGACUAUCAUCUGUGCAACCUGUACUGGAAAAGACAUUUGAACAUGUCAAGAAGAAGUGGAAAAACGUGAAUGAUGUUGCAGUGAAAAAUGGAUUACAUUACGCAGAGAAAUACUGGAAAAAAAACAACAAAGUUACUGUUAAGACAGUCAACAAAAAGAAAGCAUACCUUAUUGCACAGUGGAACAUUCUUCUGGAAAAAAUGAACAACGCUGAUAACAAGACAGACAUCAAGAAGCUUCUUCACAAAUUUAAAAGACUCUCCAAGAAACUUUCUUCAAUCCUACCCAAAGACUUGUUUUCCACAAUGAAGUUGGGUGCGUCUGUCAUGGUGGAAAAAGUGAAGCAAAAAGCUAAAGAUAAUAAAGUCAAAUUUGUAAAACUUAAUUUGAAGAAAAACCUUGCAAAAUGGGCAGAACCACAUUUCAUGCAGAUUGGCCACAAUAUAAGAGACUCAACUGCACAGCAAACCUUUUGGGAAAAUUGGAACAAAAAACAUUUUUUAAAACCACGACACAAAGAUUACAAAUCCAUUGUUGAUAAAAAAACAGUCAAUGAACCUGCAGACCCUAAAACUUCAACUGUGGCACCCAAAAAGAAGGAGGAAGAUGUGAAAUAUAUCGUUGUUGAUAUCGUAUUUCCAUCAGAAAAACCCAACUCAGCUAAACAUGUUCAUAAAAGUGUUAAAUCAGAUGAUGCACCCAAAGUCUCUAAUGCUGAUGUUAAGAAGAAAGAUUUGAAGAUCAAAAAGAAGGAAGAAAAACAAAGGAAAUUCUCUUCCAGUGGAAAUAAAAACUGGGGCCUCUAUAGAAUUCACAAAGUGAAGGCUGCUGCUAAAAAAGCUGCAAAACAGUGGGUGAAAAAACGGCUGGCGAACAAAAAAUUUAGUGAAGAUUUGAAAAAGGUAGAACAGAUAUGGUUUAAGAUGAGAAAGAGCUUGCUUGGGUAAAAGAAACUUAGCAAGGUUUUAAGGGAACAAUUUGUGGUAUUUGAUACCAGUAAAGUUUGCACGUAUGAUUAAUUAUCGCACUGAUUAAUGUAUAUAUUCGCAUUUAUUUAAAAUUUAAGUUUGUUUUACUAUUAUUGAUUUUUUUAUACUAUUCCACUGUUUGGAAUUUCUUUGAAUGUUUUGUACUGUUUCGUAUUACAAUAGUAUUGUAUUCUUGCUUUGCUUAUUUUUGUGCGGGUAUAAAAUGUUAAGGCUAUGUAGAUUGUUUUACAUUAAUUAAUUUCUUGUACCUGUGGUUUAAAAAUGAACUAAAUAACUAAAUCUUUGACUAAUAAUAACGAUUUCUCUUAAAUCUAAAAAUUGUAUAUCUUACCAAGUUGUCCACAUCUUAAAGAAGUAAUAACCGAUAUAUGUAUAAAUAUUGUCAAAAGUUUUAAAAUAUGGAUUCUUUAUGUGGUAUUAAGUGUGUUCUCCUAAAUUUUGAACAACAAAUGUCACCCUGGAACAUCCUGGAACAGCAAUCUCUCUGGUGUUUAUUGAUUAUCAUAUGACUGCUAAAUUUAGUUGGUGCUUGUCUUACAUCUAUUCAGUAAAUACCUCAUUAUGAAACAACUGUUCUUUAAGAUUUUUUGCAGAUAGGGUUUUUGAAGUGUUUACACUUUUUUUGUUUAUAUAAUUUUAUUUAAAUGUGCACAUUGAUGUAUUUAACAGUACAAGUUUAUAUGCUAGGAUUUUUUUAUUGAUUUUAUUGAUUUAUAACCAUUUUUGUAGUGUAUGAAAAAUAAAGAUAGAACUGCAUUAUUAAAAGUU